AUGAAAACCGAGACCCAGAUCACAUAUCAAAGCGUGCCGAGCGAUCCUGAUACUCUUUCGACCCUCAAAACGAAACAACGACUUUUACACUUCCACGAAAUCCCAAGCUGGCAACAGGAAAACGAGUAUCUCCUCUCAGGCUACAGACCGACUGCAGACUCGACGUUGGAUUGUUUCCAAAGUUCUUUCCGCUGGCACAAUGAAACAAUUAACAUAAUCUCGCACAUCGCUGGCAGUGUGUUAUUCGCCGCAUUGCCAUUCCACUUCUACUACAGCGUCUACCUCGAGACGCCUCAUGCGUCCCUGAUCGACUUUGUGCUGUUCACUGGCUACUUCCACGGAGUCUCGAUAUGUUUCGCUUGCUCUGCCAGCUGCCAUAUAGUCUGGAACCAUAGUCCCUCGAUCGCAUCAUUUGGCAAUCAACUGGACUACUUGGGGAUCGUGCUGCUGAUGUGGACGGCGAGCCUACCAUCCAUCUACUAUGGUUUCAUCUGCGAUCCCACUCUGCGAUACUUCCACUGGGCGCUGACGACAGCGCUCGCUGCUGGCUGUAUUAUCACCACGAUGCACCCACGCUUCUGCACGCCGCAUUUCCGAAGCUAUCGCGCUGGCAUGUACACAGGGUUAGGCCUUGCUGCCAUGUUCUUUGUCACUCAUGGAAUCAUGCUGCAUGGGAUUGAGAUCCAGGAGCGCCGCAUGGCGUUAAAGUGGAUGUUGGCCAUGGCCUCUUUCAAUAUCUUCGGAGCUGCGGCUUAUGCUGCCAGGGUGCCGGAGCGGUUGUACCCCUAUACAUUCGACUUUGUGGGCGCGAGCCAUCAGAUCUUCCAUUUCAUGGUCAUCUUCGCGGGCAUCGCGCAUUACCUGGGUUUGAUCAAGGCGCUGCAGGAAGUUAGAGAGGUGCGACAGGAUUGUAAUUCAUGA